AAAAAAAUCAUUUUUUGCAGCUAGCUGAUUGAUGGGCCUAUUUUUUGUUGUAAUACUAAUAGUUCUGAGUAAUCAUGAAAACCUCAAGAUUUUAUUCUAAGAAACGUGAACUAUCUACUAAAACAUAUGAAGAAAAGUAUGAAAUUUUAACGUUCAUUGAAACAAAUCCAAAAAUGAAGAGGAAGGAUGUUGCAGAAAAAUUCAACAUCAAGCCAAAUACAUUAUCUUGUAUACUGAAAAAGAAGGAAGACAUAAUAAAAAUCGUGGAAGAAAAUUCACCUGUUAUUGGUAAACUAAAGAGGAUAAAAACAACUACAUUUGUUGAUGUAGAUAAAGCUCUACUAGCAUGGUUCAGGCAGAAUGCAUUUAUACCUAGGACGUUAAAGGUUGACGGUAUAUCAUUGAUCACAAAAGCAAACGAGUUCGCCCGAAAAUUUGGUCAUGAACAACUUAUAAACAUGUCAUGGAUAGACCGUUUUAAAAAGAGGCAUGGUAUUAGUAAAGUUUAUAAAACUGAGGGACAGGCUGGUGUAAUACAGGUAGCAGUUAAGAGUGUGAAUGAAUGCAAAGAAGAAAGUCCACCAAUUGUAAAAGAGAUCCUGUUGAACUUUGAACCGUGGAACAUUUAUAGUGCAAAUGAGACUGGCUUAUUUUGGAAAAUGUUACCAGAAGAAUCAUUUGGUUUUUUAGGACAAAGGCAUUCAGUUGCAAGCCAACCAAAAACCAGGAUGACAAUUUUAGUCUGUACUAAUAUGGAUGGAAGUGAUAAAGUACCAUUGUUCGUAAUUGGAAAUAUUAAAGAGCCCCGUUCCUUUAGAGAAUUAGAACUUCCCGUUUAUUACAAAGCAAAUAGCAAGGCGUCAAUGACUAAGGAUUUGUUUGAGGCAUGGCUUCGAAAAUUUGAUAACGAAAUGAGGCUUCAAGGAAGAAAAGUCGCAAUGAUCUUACAUAAUUGUACUGCCCAUUCCAAGCUGUUGAAGCUGGAAAAUGUAAAAUUGUAUUAUCUGCCACCAACGUCAGUCACCCAUCCAAUAGACGGAGGUAUAAUACUAAAUUUAAAGCAUCACUAUAGAAAGAUCCUUUGCAGUAAGCGGCUGGCAGCUGUUAAUUCAGAUCCCCUAUUAUUUAAAUGGAACAUUCUGGAUGCUGUCAUUUCUAUUAAAUCGGCUUGGGAAAGAGUGACACCAACAACCAUUUGUAAUGCUUAUAAAAAAGUCGGCUUCAUUUAUGAUAAAAUGGCAACUGAACAACUGGUGGACGAUGACGAUGAAACUGUUUAUCACCUUGAGUUUCCAGAAGAUGAAAUUAAUGGGGAUGAGGAGUCUGAGGAAAAGGAAGAAAUGCAAAAUAUCUGGCAGAAAUUAGGGGAGACGUUUGAACUUCCAUCUUUGGAGGACUAUGUAAAUAUCGACGAUGGUGUUGAUGUUGUAGAACAGCAUAAUGAUGUCAAUGUAGUGCAAUUGAUGACAGGUGUGAAGGAUGAAAGAUCAGAUGAGGAGGACAAUGGUGAUCAGUCAAUAUCAUUGUUGGAUGUAUUUAAGGCAAAUGAUUUGAUAAGAAAAUUCAACCUGAGACAAGGCAUCGACUGCCCGGCUGACAUCCAAGAGAUGAGCGACAGAUAUGAACGCUUCUUGCUUCAAGUCUCAAGUAAAAUAAAAUGACAAAGAAAAUUAACGAAAAGUUUUGAAUAAUUGAGUAUAAAAAUUAUGAUUAGAAGCUGAUUACACUACUACUGUAUACUCUGAUAAAGUGCAGCAAACCAAAAAAAAAAAGGAACUAGAAAAGUUGUUGAUUUACACAAGACAUUUUAAAUAGUUGCAAUUUGAAAAAAAAAAAAUCAAUUUUUUUAUGAAUUAAGUGAUAAAAAAUGUUAAUGAAAAUGUUGUUUAAUGCCCCUUUCCCACAUUCACGAUUUUUGCUACGACAGAGCAUGAUUUUUCGAUUUUGAAUAAUCGCAAUAGCGUUGUCGUAAAUGUCGUGGUCAAAAAUAAUUCAUCGUAUUGCAUCGUACUGGAUCUUGAUGUCAUCGUGAUGGAGCACGAUUUUUUUGGAAUGUUACAAAAAAAUCGUGCUCAAUCGUAGCCGUGAAAAAGAUCUUGGUCUACCGCAGCGGCAUCGUGUGAGUGGCGUAACGUUGUCGUUGUUUGUCGUGACUGGGUCUUGUCCAUUCCUACUACCAACAACACCUAUGACAAGCCAAGACGUCGCUGCGGUGCUGAGACGAUUAGAUACGAUGCCACCAGGAUACCAUCAAGACCGUGGUUUAUCACGUGGCUCUGUGUCAGAAAAGUUUUUCAACACACUGAACAAUUCCUUGCUCACUUGGAGAAAGUUUCUGAAGCCUCUUGGGUCUUUUCUAUUUAACUCCACUAGUAUUAAAGUGUUCAUACUGUCUAAAAUAUGGACGAAGUAAGAGCCAGGCUGACAGUACCCAUACACUUCGUUUAGGCCUAUGUAUUUGACGUAACCAACGCUUACUCUUGAUUAUCAAAACUGUAGCAGCCAACAAAUUUUUUUCUUCUAGAGUCAGCAGCUUACAAAUAUUGAUGGUGUUUGAACAGUGCAUUUUUUUGUCGUGAUGUUUGUUUUUGUGAUGUGCGUUUUCUUAAAUCGUGCUAACCUCAUGCUUGCGUCUUUGUGAAUUGUAGUGACGUCGAAUUAAAAUUAUGGUAAUUCGUAGUUUGUCGUCACAAAUCGUAACUCUAUCGUUAUGAUUCGUAAAAAUGUCGUCACACUAUCGCAUUAGUGUCGUAAUACAUCUUGACGGCGUCCUAGUAGCAUCUUGAUAAAAACGUAAAACUUGACUUUUUUGAGUAUGAAUCACUACGAUAGAGGGCGAUUUUCAAACUUUUUAAAAUCGUGCUCCAUCGUAGCAAAAAUCGUGAAUGUGUGAAAGGGGCAUUAGGCAGUGUUUCCACAACACCCAAUGAAUUAUCAGAUAGCAGCUAGUAUCAAACACUUCAUAAUAAAAAUCGAGUAUUAAUUUUGUGUGUUAUUAAAAAAACAAAAAAACAGUUGCGUUUGACGAUAACGAUGCCUGGCUGGGCGUAUUGUUGGUCUAUCCCUACCUACUGUAUCUUUUCUUGUACCGUAAGUAUAGCACACCAAACAAAGCUAGCAUUUUUUUUCGUCCUCUCAAUCUCUGUAUAGACGUACAGUACUGUAAAAUGAAACAUCAUUAUGAGUUCCCAGAGAGUUAAAUACUGUAGUACUAAAUGAUUUCGUUCUUGGCUUGGACCUAUCCAUCUCGCACAAAAAAGGGUCAAGGAAUGUUUUGAUGUUGAACACAUUGCAUUGUGAUCCAUAAUUGUGCACGAUAUGAUAAAAUAUUUGGAGGGAAUUUUAAUUUAUCUGAGAAAUUAUCGAGAAAAUUUUAAGUGCUGCAGAAACACGUCCAGGUAGAUGCUUAUAAGUAAUAGUAUUUCACAAUCACCAUCAAAUGUUUAGAAUUGUUUUAUACAUGCGCAUAGGCUGUUUUUUUGAUAAAAAUUAAGUUGUUUAUUAGAAGCAAUUUUCUCCAAAGUAUGCUUUGACCAAAUUAAAACUCAUGGUGUGAUCUAUUUUAGUAAUAUUUAUUUACUGUAGUUGCAGGAGACUCAAUCUGCGAUGACACCUAUUUAAAAUAAAAAAUUAUUUUAGUAUAAAAAUUGUGAAGCAGGUGACCUCUGUUUUCCUGUUUCAUCGAAGAAUUUAAAGUUUUGAUUUUUUUAUACAGUAUGUUUGGUAUUUUAGUUGAUUAUUACGGUA